AUGAACUACACGGUAGAGAACCAACUGGCAGAAAUGUUAAAAGAGUUUCAAUCAAGAAGCAAAGCCAAAGCUAUUCCAAUAUUGGGUGGAUACCUUCUCAUUUUGUUAUUUUUGUUUGUUGGAAACUGUUUAACACUCCUUGUUAUGUUGUUAAAUCCACGGAUGAGGACAAUUCCAAACAUGUUCGUAGCAUCACUCGCUGUUUCUGACUUAUUAUUAGGCCUUUGCAGUUCAGUGCCUUUUGGCGUUCCAGCGUUAGUGACUUCCCAUUGGCUGUUUAACGAUACAGCUUGCCAAUUUCAAGGUUACGUAUCUAUCAUAUUGGUUCUCGCUUCAAUUCACACAUUGGUCUUAAUGGCAGUAAACAGAUAUUAUAAAAUCGUCAAACCAGCAAAGUACCGACGAUACUUCACAAAGAUCAUGAUUCUCGUGUCAUGGUUCUCUUCUUUUUGUGCUCUAUUGCCUUUCGUGCUAAGUGGGGGAAAAAUGGUCUUUCAUCCUGCCAAGUUCUUCUGUUACUUUGGCAUGGAAAAUACAUACAUGUAUUAUGGUAGUCCGCUUUACAUAGGUGUCCCAACCUGUGUUAUUAUUUACUGCUACUUGAGAAUCUUCUCAACAGUUCGCAAUCACAACAGAAAUGUUCAUCUUCCAGGCAAUCCGAUAAGUUCUGUAAACGUAGAAGAAGUUAAAGUGGCUCGCACCAUAUUUGUUGUAGUGGUGUUUUUUAAUCUUUGUUGGAUUCCAGUCUUAACAGUUAACGUUUUGGACGAUGUAUUCCAAAGAUGGAUCUUCCCUACUGACGUUUACAUUUUUUAUACGCUUUUGGCCACUUUAAGCAGCGCGGUGAAUCCUUUAAUUUACGGCGUGAUGAACAAGAGUUUUCGUACGAAUUAUUUGAAGGUGCUACGCUGCACGUACUGCCGAUCUCAAGUUGUCGUAAGACCGUUGGUUUUGGGAGGACAAGCGAGUACGAUGACUUCCGCCCAAACGGACGGCAUUGGCGUUAAAAUCACCACCGGGUCGAGUAUAUGA